CCAUGCGGGAGCACAGCGCAGGUCUUCCGUGCAGGCUGUGAGGAUGCUUGGUCAUUUCCUAACUUCUUGAACCUUGGAUUUGCAGGUUGGAAAUCGCUCUCCCUGCCUCACGAACGUUCUCGAAGGGCCUAAGGCUCGCUUCCCUCCUCUGGGAGAGCCCUUCUGAGUUCUCCGCUCUUCUCUUUUCCGGGCCAUGAGUCUGAAUUGCUCCUCGUGGCCGGAGAACGGCGCGUCUGUCACACGUUUUGCCUUUGCCAAGUUCUCCGAGGCCGCGGAGCAGUGUUUCCUGCUGUUCGCCCUGGUCCUGCUCAUGUUCCUAGCUUCGCUGACGGGCAACGCCCUCAUAGCCCUGGCCAUCCGCACCAACGCCGCCCUGCACACCCCCAUGUACUUCUUCCUGGCCAACCUGUCUCUCCUGGAGAUCGGCUACACGGCCUCGGUGGUACCGCAGAUGCUGCAGAGCCUGCUGAGCCGGGCCCCGGCCGUCUCCCGCGAGGCCUGUGCCACGCAGAUGUUCUUCUUCACGCUUUUCGGUAUCAGCGAGUGCUGCCUUCUGGCAGCCAUGGCUUUCGACCGCUACACGGCCAUAUGCGCCCCGCUUCACUACGCGGCUCGGAUGAGCCGGGGGGUGUGCGCCCGCCUGGCCGCGGCCUCCUGGGGGGUGGGAUGCACGGUGGGCUUGGGCCAGACCAGUUUUAUCUUCUCCCUGGACUUCUGUGGGCCCUGUGAGAUAGACCACCUCUUCUGCGACCUCCCGCCGAUCCUGGCCCUGGCCUGCGGGGACACAUCCCGGAACGAGGCUUUGGUCUUCGUGGCCGCUGCGCUUUGCAUCUCCAGCCCGUUUUCCCUGAUCAUCGCCUCCUACGCCCGCAUUCUGGCUUCGGUGAUGGCCGCGCCCUCUCCUGAGGGCCGCCGCAAAGCCCUCUCCACCUGCUCGUCCCACCUGCUCGUGGUGACCCUCUUCUACGGCUCAGGGUCCGUCACCUACCUGAGACCCAAGGCCAGCCGCUCGCCAGGCACGGAUAAACUGCUGGCCCUCUUCUACACGGUGGUGACGUCCGUGCUCAACCCCAUCAUCUACAGUUUGCGGAACAAAGAGGUGAAGGCGGCUCUCGGGAGGACUCUGGGAGGCAGGAAAGCUGGGACCCGGGGACAGGCACCGCGGCCCCGCAGACCCGCUCGCGGGAGGACAUGCGGCGCCAGAGCGCGAGCGGACGACUGAAGCUUCUCCCAGAAGGGUCGCUGUCCCUUCCGCAUCUUCCUGGGCUCGGCUAUUCGCUGGUUGCGAAUUCUGCAGGGAAGUUGAUUGCUAAA